AUGUCUUCGGUCCCUAAGCCUCCAACCGGACAUUUCAAUGUUCUUUACUUUGCCAGUGCUAGCUCUUUCACUGGUAAGGACUAUGAAGCUUUGCCGGCCACGAUGCCGCUCAACAAGCUCUUCGCCGAGCUCGAGUCCAAGUAUCCUGGCAUGAAAGCCAAGAUCCUCGAUUCCUGCCUAGUCACUGUCAACCUUGAUUAUGUAGACUCGCCUAGUGAGGAGGGUGCUUCAGACACAGUGAUCCAGGAAGCAGACGAAGUGGCUAUUAUCCCUCCCGUCAGCUCCGGUUGA